UCGCUGUCUUCUUGGUAAAAACUGAAAACCGUUCUCUCUCUCUCUCUCUCUCUUUCUCUUUCCUGUUCUCUAUCUGGCUUUGCUCUUCCACGAAGAAACAUCGAUCCGUUCCGUCUCUAAAUUCUAUCUGUAUUUUAUCUUUGUUUAGACAUGUACAAAAAUAUAUAAUGGCGUCUGGAAAAGCGGCUGAUAGGUUUUAACGUGAAUCUCUAAUUGUUUUUGACAUUGUCAUAGGGAUAGAUAAUUGAACGUUGAUGAUUCAUGCAGGCUGAUCCACCUACAAGGAAAAUUUGAUUGCGGGUGGUUAUUGUUUGUACGUAAAUAGGAUCUGAAAAUCGACUCUCUGAAUUUUGGCUUUGGUUAGAAUUCUGGUUUCAAAGACUUCAGACAUUUUUGUUUACUUGCUCGUGUUAAAGAUCAAUUUUGAGAAUAGUUAGAGUUCUCCGCGUUAGCAAUUCGCGGAGAUGUCGAGUUAUAUUGGCGUUCAUGUCUCUGAUCAAUGGCUUCAGAGUCAGUUCACGCAGGUUCAGCUUCGCAGCCUUAAAUCGAAAUUUAUAUCCGCAAAGAAUCAAAAUGGCAACGUAACUAUUGAAGAUUUGCCUCCUAUGAUGGUGAAACUAAAAGCUUUUAGUUCAGCGUUCAAAGAGGAGGAAAUUAAAUGUAUAUUGAGUGAGUCGUUUCCUGACCUGAGCAAUGAGAUUGAUUUUGAAGGCUUCCUCAGGGCAUAUUUGAAUUUGCAAGGUCGAGUGAAUGCUAAAUCAGGGGAACAAAAGCAUGGUUUAUCGUUCCUCAAAGCCACAAUAACUACCCUUCUUCACACAGUUAAUGAAUCAGAGAAAGUAUCUUAUGUUGUUCACAUAAAUAGCUAUCUUGGAGAUGACCCAUUUCUAAAGCAGUUUCUCCCGUUAGACCCAGCUACAAAUGGUUUAUUCAAUCUAGUUAGAGAUGGAGUGCUUCUAUGCAAGCUUAUCAAUGUUGCGGUGCCGGGGACAAUAGAUGAACGAGCUAUUAACACAAAAAGGGUUCUCAAUCCAUGGGAGAGGAAUGAAAAUCACACCCUUUGCCUCAACUCUGCUAAAGCUAUUGGCUGCACUGUAGUUAAUAUUGGCACUCAGGACUUGGUGGAAGCAAGACCUCAUCUGGUGCUUGGGUUGAUUUCUCAAAUUAUAAAGAUUCAACUGUUAGCAGAUCUUAGUCUUAAGAAGACACCCCAGCUUGUGGAAUUAGUGGAUGAUAACAAUGAUGUUGAGGAGCUAAUGAGCUUGGCCCCCGAAAAGGUUUUGUUGAAAUGGAUGAAUUUCCAUCUUAAGAAAGGAGGCUAUGAGAAAACUGUAACAAAUUUUUCAUCUGAUUUGAAGGAUGCAAAGGCUUAUGCCUACUUGCUCAAUGUUCUUGCGCCAGAACACUGUAAUCCAGCUACACUGGAUGCCAAGGACUCCACGGAAAGGGCUAAGCUAGUACUUGAUCAUGCAGAGAGGAUGGGUUGCAAAAGAUAUUUAAAACCAGAAGAUAUUGUUGAAGGUUCAGCAAAUCUAAAUCUUGCGUUUGUUGCUCAAAUAUUUCAUCACAGGAAUGGCCUUUCUACAGAUAGCAGAAAUGUUUCCUUUGCAGAGAUGAUGAGUGACGAUGUGCAAACAUCUAGAGAAGAAAGAUGCUUUCGACUUUGGAUUAACAGCCUUGGAAUUGCUACUUAUGUGAACAAUGUAUUUGAGGAUGUUAGGAAUGGAUGGGUUCUUUUAGAAGUGCUUGAUAAGGUGUCUCCCGGAUCAGUUAACUGGAAGCAUGCAUCAAGGCCUCCAAUCAAGAUGCCAUUUAGAAAAGUAGAGAACUGCAAUCAAGUCAUAAAGAUUGGGAGACAAAUGAGAUUUUCCCUUGUUAAUGUUGCUGGAAAUGAUAUUGUGCAAGGAAAUAAGAAACUCAUUCUUGCUUUCUUAUGGCAGCUGAUGAGGCACAAUAUGCUUCAACUCUUGAAGAACUUGAGAUCUCACUCUCAAGGGAAGGAGGUAACUGAUCGAGAUAUUCUAAGAUGGGCAAACAGGAAGGUCAGAAGUAUGGGUAGAAAUUCUCAAAUUGAGAACUUCAAGGAUAGGAGUCUGUCAACAGGGAUAUUUUUCCUUGAGCUCCUUAGUUCUGUGGAGCCUAGGGUGGUUAAUUGGAAUCUUGUUACCAAGGGUGAAUCUGAUGAUGAAAAGAGAUUGAAUGCGACAUACAUAAUCAGUGUGGCGAGGAAACUUGGUUGUUCUAUUUUCUUGUUGCCUGAGGAUAUCAUAGAGGUAAACCAAAAGAUGAUUCUCACUCUAGCAGCCAGUAUAAUGUACUGGAGCUUGCAGAAGGCAGUGGAAGAAGGGGAUUCAUCUAUUGACACACCAUGUACCUUGACACCUGAAGCAUCUCCGGCACCCUCUCUUAUUGGAGAAGAUGAUACCUCCUCCUUGGGGGGUGAUUUGUCAAAUCUAACUAUUGAUGAUGCUGCUUCUGAUACUACUGUCUCGUCUCUGCUCGAGAACGAAGCUUCAUCUCUGCUCGAGAACGAGGAAGCUUCUGAAAGAGAAGUAUGAGGUUUAUGUUUCUACAAAGAUCAUACUGGGGUUGAACCAGAAGAAAGUGAAUAUACAUACAGUUAGGUGAUUAAGUUUCUACUUCUUUCCUCGUAUAAAGCAAAAAGCAAAUACAAAAAACCAUAGGAAGGAAAGAAUAGAAUUUUGUAAAACUGCUCUUUGAGAAAGAAGUAUAAAAGCUCGACUUCUACAUGGGCCUUUCCCCUU